GGAGGCACGUCACUUCCUGUUUCUUUAGGGGAACGUGGCUUUCCCCGCAGUGCCCAUCUCCUGAUGCAGCGGCCGGAACUGGAAUCGGACCCGGAGCGCAGCUUCGUUAUGGACUCAGCCCUCAGUGACCCGCAUAACGCCAGCGCCGAGGCUGGCAGCCCGGCCAACGGCACCGCACGGCCGCCCUCCACGCCCGAGGGCAUCGCGCUGGCCUACGGCAGCCUCCUGCUCAUGGCGCUGCUGCCCAUCUUCUUCGGCGCCCUGCGCUCCGUGCGCUGCGCCCGCGGCAAGAAUGCCUCCGACAUGCCCGAGACCAUCACCAGCCGGGACGCCGCCCGCUUCCCCAUCAUCGCCAGCUGCACGCUCUUGGGGCUCUACCUCUUCUUCAAAAUAUUCUCCCAGGAGUACAUCAACCUCUUGCUGUCCAUGUAUUUCUUCGUGCUUGGAAUCCUGGCCCUGUCCCACACCAUCAGCCCCUUCAUGAGUAAGUUUUUUCCAGCCAACUUCCCAAAUCGACAGUACCAGCUGCUCUUCACGCAGGGCUCUGGGGAGAACAAGGAAGAGAUCAUCAAUUAUGAGUUUGACACCAAGGACCUGGUGUGCCUGGGCCUGAGCAGCAUCGUUGGCGUCUGGUACCUGCUGAGGAAACACUGGAUUGCCAACAACCUCUUCGGCUUGGCCUUCUCCCUCAACGGGGUGGAGCUCCUGCACCUGAACAACGUCAGCACCGGCUGCAUCCUGCUGGGCGGCCUCUUCGUCUACGACAUCUUCUGGGUGUUUGGCACCAAUGUCAUGGUGACAGUGGCCAGGUCCUUUGAAGCACCAAUAAAAUUGGUGUUCCCCCAGGAUCUGCUGGAGAAGGGCCUCGAGGCGGACAACUUCGCCAUGCUAGGACUCGGCGACAUCGUCAUCCCAGGAAUCUUCAUUGCCUUGCUGCUGCGUUUUGACAUCAGCUUGAAGAAGAACACCCACACCUACUUCUACACCAGCUUUGCGGCCUAUAUCUUCGGCCUGGGCCUCACCAUCUUCAUCAUGCACAUCUUUAAGCACGCCCAGCCUGCCCUCCUGUACUUGGUCCCCGCCUGCAUCGGCUUUCCCGUCCUGGUGGCACUGGCUAAGGGAGAAGUGACAGAGAUGUUCAGCUACGAGUCCUCAGCGGAAAUCCUGCCUCAUACCCCGAGGCUCACCCACUUCCCCACCAUCUCGGGCUCCCCAGCCAGUCUGGCCGACUCCAUGCAGCAGAAGCUAGCUGGCCCUCACCGCCGGCGCCCGCAGAAUCCCAGCGCCAUUUAUGAAGAGUCAAAUCCUAAGGAUCCAGCAGCCGUGACAGAAUCCAAAGAGGGAGCAGAGGCCUCAGCAUCAGAGGGGCUGGAGAAGAAGGAGAAAUGAUGUGCUGGUGCCUGACCCUCUGAGGGCUGCAUCAGGCGGGCGGGGACGGACCGGCGCAGGCGCGCACAGCCAGAGGGUGCCGCAGGCCUGGCAGCCCCACGGAGGGCGGGGCAGCCGGAUCCUGCAGUGACGCCUCGGUGCCCGGCUCCCUCUUCCCCUCCUCUGGCCUUCCUCUGCCCCUCCCUGUCACCUGCAGGCAAAGGAAGCCCCAGCGCCCCUCUGCCCCAGGUGCCAGGCGGGAAAAUGGGUCUGGUUUUUAGAUUUUUGUAUUAUGAACUGACUUUGCCUCACAUUAAAAACUCAUCCCGCUGCCCAGGCAGACCGCUGC